GUCGCUUAUUUGGACCUCAUUUCGAAUUCCCCUGCCUGUUCACAGUCCAAGACUUUCAAUGGAAUCCUGGGAACUUCCCUUUGCCCGACUUGCUCGGUUCCCGUAUAUAUCCUGUAACUUGGGAUCGCAGCUUCGUCGAUGAGACCCUCACAGACCCUUCACAGCUGCCAGCCAUCACACAUCAACCCUCCUUAUGCAGACGCUUCGCCAAGCCCCUUAAGUCCCUAUGGCCCACCAUGCACGCAUUCAACUCGCAGGCCUCUGUGCCGUGGCGUCGUUCAUCUGGACCUCCACUACCUUCGAGACACAUACCUUGAACCAAUGGCCUCGUUUUUCGGCAUGUCUUAUUCUGCUUCUUUCUGCCGGGUUGACUUGGACCGUGAGCUACUUUUCACGCUGGUUUCCUGGGCCUGAUGGCAGAUUCGACGAAACAUCUUCGGGACUCCUGAAUCAACCACUCCCAAAUUCACCCGAAAGACCACGACGUUACUUUGCUCCGGCCGUUGUGUUCUGCAUUGUCCUGCGCUUGGAGCUGUUCCAUCAAAUCGUCGCGAACUUUCAGUGCUCGACGCCGGGUGUCGAGUCGUUUUUGUGCACGUUUAUAGUAUUUUACGAUGUCUUCUUCGGCCACAGACACAAGCCCCCCACCAGCGCCUUGGAGCCCGAAGACCCUUGGCGCAGUUCGACCGCCGACCUGCUAGACUGGCUCAAGCAAGCGCGUCUGCUCCUGGUAGGCAGCGUGCUCCUUUUCAACUUCGGGACGUACAGGGCGGCGGCCAGUCAGAAGGUAUACUCCACCUACAUGUGUUCGUCUCUCUUCGAUACCCGCGCAGGCGUCGUUCUCAUGCAAGUCCUCGGUUUGGGCCUCGAUGCCACCAUCGCCAUUCUGCUCUGGCGCAUCCUCGCCUUCGCCAAGACGACCAAGGCUCGCUUGCGCACGGUAAGCAGUAUCCAGUUCUCUGCCGCCGCCUUGGUGGGCUUGGUCUGCUUGCUCUUCCGACUCCGGCAUGCCCCCAUUCUGCCCUCGGGCUUCCGAGGUCUGGGCUGGCUGUACGUGUUCGACAUGGUAAUCGACAGCUUCGCCUUCUCGGUGCUUGCCAUCUCCACUAGCCUCCUUAUUUCCGACGCUGGUCCCCUAGGGCCACUCGGUAUCGUUACAUUCUUCGCUGGUCUUUCCACCUCUUUCCGCAACCUGUCCUCGUUAAACCUAUGGCAGGGGCCGUCCAAGGUCGCCGUCAUAUUGCCUCUCCACGCCAUCGUCAUCGGGUUCAGCGUCUUUCUGUUCACUUGCAACAUACGUACGGUGCUUUUUGUUCGGCGUGUCUUCUUUUGGGUGGCCCUCUUUGCCGUCCUCGCUGGGACCACAAUCUACACCCUUUUCGUCAGCAGGCCAUUCCAUGACCGACACCCGCUGGGUGAUAUAAUCUACGCCUCCCGGAUCGAGGCCGACCGGUGGCUUACACGCGCUUCCACCAGUAAUACCCUGCACGUCGCGGUGGAGGAGUACCGUGGACGGAACCACGGCCGCGAUCCUCCACCCAACUUUGACAAGUGGUUCGACUUUGCCAGGUCGCGGGCAUCGCCCAUCAUAGAUCACUUCAAACAACUUGGAGACGACAUGCACCCUUUCUGGGGCUUGAAACCAGAGGCCAUCAGACAGUCACUGCGUAACGUUCUACCGGAGGCGCCUAGCAUAGCAUGGGUGAAGGUAGCAGGCGGACGGGUGUCGCACAGUUAUGAAGCUCAAGACCGCAACCGAAAAUCACUGGACAGUCUGGUGCAGAUGAUGGAGAGCUUUUCCGAACACCUGCAGGACAUGGAUAUUCCCAUCAACCUCGGCGACGGUCCGAGGGUUCUGACCCCGUGGGUUGACCUGCAUGGGCAAAGAGGCCCCCCCAGCAGGGGCACCGCAGAAGGACAUGUUCUCCCCGAAGCCUUCUUGACGCCGACAGUAUUCCAGGAGAUGGAGGCGCAGACAUGUCCAGUAGGUUCCAGCGGCAGGACGCUUCGGCACUGGAAUGUGCGAGACCUCUGCUUCUCCUGCGCGAGCCGUCAUGCCAAAGGCCCGUUUCUCGUGGACUGGGACGCGUCCCUGGAUCGUUGUGACCAGCCCGACAUGGCGCACCUUCACGGCUUCUAUCUGUCGGACAAGGAGGUAGCUCCGUUCCAGCAGCUGGUGCCGGUAUUCAGCAGGUACAAGGCGAGCGGUUUCAACGACAUACUGAUUCCGUGGCCCGAUCCGGUCGAGGACGAACCCGACUCCAAUCGCGACUUCCGCACUCGCAACAACAAACUGCACUGGCGGGGGGAGCUGGGAACCCACGAUGUGAGGGGCGAUGAGAUGCCCCGAGGCGGCCACAAGCAGAGACUGCUCCAUCUCGUCAACAACGCAACGUCCUCCGAGGAGAUCGUCAUGUUGCUGCCCAGGAUAACGGAUGUGCCCUUCCGAAAAGGAGCCACCUGGGGAGAACUCACUUUUACGUACGAAAAGAUUCACACGGCGGAGGCAAACGAGUUCCUUCCCUUCGAUAUUGGUGUCUCGUCAUACGCGUCAUGCCAGGACGCGCAGUGCGCGGCGGCAGCAUCGGAGUUCGGGACGAAGGAGAUGGACGUGGAGGCCCAGGAAGCGCUGCGAUACCGGUACGUGCUGCUGCUGGACGAGUCCCUGGGCCCACCGCGGCAAUUCCUCCGGACGGUACGGUCGUCGAGCGUGCCGUUCUUGGCCAGCGUCUUUCGGACCUGGUACACCGAGCGGCUGAUGCCGUGGGUGCACUUCGUGCCCGUCGAUAUCCGGUUUCAGGGCCUGCACAGUACGCUCGUGUAUUUCGCCGGCCACCUGGGACGCAAGGUGGGCGGCCGGACCUUGGAUGACCCAGGGAAUGAGGCUGAUGCCAAGUGGAUCGCUCUCGAGGGACGGUCGUGGGCACGCAAGGCUCUGCGGCGGGAGGAUAUGGAGGUAUACCUGUUCCGACUAUUGCUAGAGUGGGGGAGAGUUAUAGAUGUCGACAGAGAUAGCAUUGGAUUCAAGUUUGAGGAGUGAUGGACGGACCUGUCUGGCGGGUCAGAGAUGACCGAGCUGGAGGGCAUUAAGGCAUUGUAUUCGGUACUUGGCAAAACAUUGAGUGUACGGAUGCUUGUAUCAUUAAGCGUGAUAGACAGGGUCGGAUAUCAUCUGUACGGAUAAUUAUAAAAUGGAG